AUGCCUAAUAAACCACUACACUAUAACCACUUCGCUCAACCUAAAUAUGGAUGUAUUUACUAUCAAGAAAACGUUCGACGCAAACUAUUGAAUGAAACCCUUUUCUUUAAAGUUUUGAUUAGUCAAAUUCACAUAUCUAAUACACUUAGGCAACACAAAAAAAGGGAGAAUGAAACUCUAGAACAACGUGAAUUGCAUCGCGAACGUGAUCGCGAAAAUAAAAAAAGGAAAAGACAGUUAAAAACUGAUGAACAACGUGAAGCACAAGAAAUUACUGAAAUGAUUUCUGACAAUACUGAAUCUGAAAUGAUUUCUGUUCUCAUUGAGUCAGACCCACGGUUAGAUAAUAUCUUAAAUGUUCAGCAUUUGUCAGAGGCUGACCAUAAGCUUCUACAAAAAUUUCGAGCUGAAAUGAAUAAGCUCAAACAUAAUUUGUGUCCUGUAUGUAAUGAACGUUUUCCAUCGAUAAACCUUGUCAAUGGAGCCAGUCGUCGCUGUUACAAUGACAAGAAUGAGUUAAAAAAGUUCUCUUUAGAAAAUAAUAUGGAUCCAGGUAAAGCACUUAAAGAACUAAAAGGCCUUACUGAUAUUGAGGAAAUGUUAAUAGCCCAAAUUUUUCUAGUCAUUUCAGUUUAUUAUCUUCGUGGUAGCCAAUACGCUUAUCGCUCAUCAUUUAGGGAUUUUAAUGUUCGCCAAUCUAAGGUUGAAUGUGCCCUUCAUUGGUUAAAGGAAUAUAAUUGUUACUAUACUGAUAUUGACAUUGACUAUGAUGUGCUGCAAUCCUUACCUGACGAUAGCCCUAUCGACAAUCAAGUUCUACAACUUCAGGAAGAUGAUGUAGAUGAUGAAACUAUCACGCGUAACUUUGUACCUACUCCUGUCCCAUCUCAUA